GCUUGAAUUUCCCAAAAAUAAAUGAAUACAAAAAAAAAAAAUUGAAAAGUAAAUAGUUAGCCCAGCCGGCCGGCGGCGGCCACUCUUAUCUCUCCACAGACACACACACACACACACAUAUAUUUCUCCUCCUACGAAUGUUUUUUCCGCAACAACCACUAGACCCAGUGACAUGCGAGAGUAAAGCUUUCAUUUUGUUGUAUAAAAAUGGAGUUAGAAAAAGGCGUACGGAGAUGGUUAGUUGACAUAUCCGAGUGGAACCCUUCUCCCCAAGACUUCUUCUUCGCCAUCUCUUUUCUUCCUCCACACGAGCAUUCCUCUAUCACCAGAUUUGUGAAACUGGAAGAUCGAAAAAGGGCACUUGUGAGUAAGCUGCUUCAGUAUGCUCUUGUUCAUGAAGUGUUGGGAAUCCCACUUGAGGAAAUUGUCAUUAAACGCACUGCUGAGGGCAAACCCUAUCUGGAAUGCGAUAACGUGAACUUGGAAUUUCCAAAUUUUAACUUCAAUGCAUCCCAUCAUGGUGACUACGUGGCAAUAGCUUCUGAACCAGUAUGCCUCGUGGGGUUGGAUAUUGUUUCACACUUCAUUCCCGAGAGAGAGACAAUUCAAGAAUACAUUCAGAACUUCUCAUCAUACUUCUCAAGUUUGGAAUGGAAUAAUAUUAUUAAUGCCGACACUUGUGAUGGAAUGUUAAAUGAGUUCUACAGAUAUUGGUGUCUGAAGGAAGCAUUUGUGAAGGCCAUGGGGAUUGGAGUUGGGUAUAGAUUGGAUCAUGUGGUAUUUCAUCACACUAACUGGACCAAUAUAUUUGUUGAAGUUGAUGGGGAAGAACUGAAGGAUUGGAGAUUUUGGCUUUUUGAGCUGGCAAAAGGGCAUUUGGUAUGCAUUGCUAAGGGUCACCCCAGGACUGCCACCAAGAGUUACAAGAAAACACUAAAACGACUGCAGUUUGACGAAGAGGAGUACCAUUUGGGUCUUCAUCUUCCAAGUGUAGGUUUUAUGUUGCAAACAGUAAACGAACUCAUUUCAGUCUUGAGCAGUGUAGGUGGACGGCACUGAUGUAGGAAGAAGGCCUGAUGAUAUAUUAAAAGCUGAAGGGCUAUAGUUGGUCAGAAAUAAAAAAGCAAGCUCCCGGCAAUAGAGUUAACCAUAACAGUGUCAUAAAUAUCAAUUUUGUUAUUCCCAUUCCAGCUCCUCUUGGCUUAGGUCUCCUGAUUGUCCGGUGACCAUUUGCAACAGGCAAGGUUAAAAUAUAGGAGACACUGCCAUAGACUUGUCAGAACGGAAGGCCCUUCAUGGGUGAAUUUAUUAUUUGCAUCAGCCGAAUCCCUUAUUGUUGAAAUGAAAGUACAAAAUUUUCUGGCUGAUUACAAGAAAGUGGGUUCUUAGAAUCAUUGCCUUCCAUUUCAGGGUGGUGGUGAUUCUGCUUUCUUUGACUUCCGCCUUAAGGGUGGGAUGGAAUAGCAUGGAAAUUCAUUGGAAGCAGCAAGUAAGCCAACCCUAGUUCCAUUCAUUAGGAUGGAUUUCUGGAUGGAAGGGCAUGCUCUAAGUCGGCAUAUAGGGUUUGUAUUUCUGGAUGAGCUAAAGGGUUUGUAUUUCUGGAUGAGAGAAAUGCUAAUCAAUUCUGCUAGAUGGUUGUUGUAACAAGGGGAGCUUGUCCCACAUUUGAUCCGGAUCAAAAAGUGAAUGGGUAUAUAUGGAUUGGGUGUUAACCUCACUUGAACUUUUGGAUUGAAUCGCAAAGCACCCACCGUUACAAUUGGUUUAAGAGCCAUACUCCUUGGCAUAACAAUAAGGUGGGGGAGUGACCUUUUUAAAUUAUUUUGAUAUGUUUCAUUUUUCACUAGCUUCAACCAUCAACUUAGGGUAUGUAUAAAUUUUAUAUUAAAGAUUUGUGUAAGUUUUUGUCGAUUUUUAUUUAAAAUUCUCUUA